AUGCCGAGGGGAGGCAGCGUCGGGCUGGCGACCCUGCGGCCCGGCGGCCCGGAACUGGCCCCAGGCCUGUGCCCAGCAGCCCAGGCGACCAUCAGCCAGCGACACAACAUGCUUGUUCCCCUGCAGACGGACGCACUGGGGGCUUUUGGAGGUGCUUAUGUGGUUGCGAGCUCGUGCACACAUGCCAGAGGGGACACCGAUCUGAUGAAUCGUGGCCAAAUGUCCCGAUCGUGGGACACGAAGAAGCCGGCAGGCUUUAAAUUAGGUAUUGUUUCUUUUACAAAUGAAUUUGGGGGUGAUCUAGAGCUGGUGCUUAAAGUCAGAAUUCAGAGGCCCAAAGAAAAUGACUUCACUGAAGUUGAACUGAACAGAGGAGAGCUGAGUUCUCAAAAUCUACUAAAAGUGAGUUGCUGUGAAUGAGGGGUUAAGCCAGAGCAAGUGAAGAUCAGGCCACCAAACACGCUGCUCAGAAAGGACAAAGACAUUUUAAGACUACAGGACUUCCAGGAAAUAAAACUCGUUUCAAUGAAAAAUGGAAGCUCUGAAUUGGUAGCACACGCACCAUCCCUGACAGAGAAGCCCUGCUUAAACAGCCACGCUGCAAACCUGACCUAUUAGAAAAUCCCAGAAAUGAACAACUCGAGUCAAUGUUUUAUAAACAAUGCAGCCUGGGGUGCAUGUACUGGUUUGCUAACUUCAUGUGGGUACUUUGGAAAAUCGUUCCCUUGUCUUGAACUUCUCUGGACCAGGAUAAAAUUUCAAAGUGCUCUGACAAAUAAAGCCAUUAAAAAAUUGUGCAGUAUGGUACCUAUAAACACAAGUUUAUUUUGUAGAGUUGUAGGUCAAUCCUGAUCAGGCAUAGGUAUGUACUACUGAGGUUCAGUCAGGACAAACGGCCAGGGUCAUGUUCAUGUUCAUGUGAACUACAAAAGGGUUGGGGGGAGGGUAAGCUGAUAGACCUGGAAAAGCCAAGACCCCCUUGGCACACUGGUCCAACCAGUGUUGUUGCUGUUGUUGUUUAAUCUUUAAAUAAUCUCUACACCCAACAUGGAGGUUGAACUCCUAACCCCAAGAUGAAGAGUCACAUGCUCCAGACGGAGCCUGUCCGGCGCCACCGCCUUGAUGCUCCAUCUUUAAAAGCAUGUCAUACUAUCAUUUCCUAUUUACACUUUUAAACUUGCCUAUAAAAUGGCAGGACUUGAGUAACUACCUUUGGGGCCACUUUUAACAUACAACUUGUAGAACGGCCAAGGCACAGCCCACGGCAAUGAACUCUUACUAAACAGAUGGAAAGAACAAAGUUGGCAGGCACCCUUCCUGACAACUAGCUCCAAGAUAGGCUGUCAUCCCAUCCCACGCUGAGCUCCUUCCACCACACUAUCUAGAAUCCUUCUGGGUCAACCCUCCCAAACUCCUAGUUGAGAACCACCAGUACUUUGGAAGCACUCGGGUGCUGUUUGACCCCAUUUACCCACAUUAACACACUGAACAUGGUCAUUCUUUUCUCAGCCGUUACUCCUGGGCUACAAAGUCGCCACUAAUCCCCAUGGAACUGAGCUAUACAAUACCAUAGCUCCUUCUGGGCAAGCACAAUGUCUUGUCUUCCCCAGCACAUGAAAUUGGCCUCAUCUCCCAAAUUCUCAAUACUUCAGGGCUGAUGGAGGGUGGGGGGCACACACUAGACACCCAACUGUCCAAAGAGCAGUCUUAUUAAACCACGUGGGUACAGAUGUACCAUUCCAUUCAUAGAAAUGAGACGAGUAUACGAGGCCUGAAUCUGCAAUUUGCUUAGUACCCAUGGAUCUCUUUGGUGGGAGCAUCUCAGCUGGGAAGAAGUCACAGGUCUUUUUGAAAAGACCACACAGCCCCUAACGUGGGCCAAUUCCACGUAGCACUGUUCUAGUGCCACAGGAUUCUGGAGGAUGACAAGGGGUCCAUCCCCAAGUGCCACCUCCCUCAGGUAUUCUCAAUUUAUUUUGAAUAAGGAAAAUCUGUGGGGUGCCUGGGUGGCUCAGUGAGUUAAGUGUCUUUUGAUCUCGGCUCAAGGCAAUCACCUCACGGUUUGUGAGGUUUGUGAGAUCUGAGCUGUGUGUGUCAGGCUCCCCACGGACAGUGCAGAACCGGCUUGGGAUUCUCUCCCUCUCUCUCUGCCCCUUCCCAGCUUGCUCGUGCACGCACGCAAGCUCUCACAAAAUAAACUUUAAAAAAAUAAGGAAAAUUUGGGCAGGAGCUCCAGAUUAGGCUGUUAAUGGUCCCAAAUCACCCUUUGUGGGAAACUGAGACUUUCAUUUGUGUUUUUAGGUGAAUAUGGUAGAAUUCGAUUACAAAAUGCCAGUCAGGAGGAAAGCUUACACUACGUUAACAGCAGAACCUACAGGUUGCCUCAUGGUUACAGUAAUUCAACAAGGGCAGCAAUUGAAUUAUCACCAGGUUGUUGAGCAAAUUCAAUAUCCGUUCCAAUCAACAGUGUGCACCAAACAUUAUAAAAACUGACUUCCUGUAACAAACACGAAUAGCCUUAAGGAUGAAGAUUGAGAAUAAAGAUUUGAAGCUUCAAGAGCAAUUUUCAUUAUAAUUUAUAUUUCGUGCAGAGAUUGCAAAAACGAAUUUUCGAGGAAGCUACAAUUCCACCAACUUUUACGCCAACUUGAUGUCAUUUGAAGAUUUGUAAGUUGUUGAAAUGAAUCCGAUACUAGGAUACUAUCUUAAAAAGUUCCAGAACACAUUUGGGUUAAAACAAG